AUGUGUUUGAAUGGUGGUACAUGUAUCCCUACUGAUGAAUAUGCAUUGCCACAUAAAAAUUUUUAUUGUAUUUGUCCAAUAGGUUAUAUUGGUGAACGAUGUGAAAUUGCCGAGAAAAAAAUUCAUAUUUUAUUUGAAAAGAAUAUUAUUAUAUCUCAAGUAAUAUUUAUUCAUUUCUUAGAAAUUAUUAAAGAGAUGAACCCAAAAAGAUCAACUAUUUUAAAAACAGUGCCUAUUCAACAAGAUUCCUUAACAAUUUAUUGGUCUUUGCCAUUUCAUCUGAUUUUUAUUGAAUUUAAAAAUAAAAAUUAUUAUCUAGCUGCUAUUGAACGAACAUACAAACAACCGGCAACAUAUUCCACAACGGUAAAAUCAUCUGAUCAUUGUCCAAAUAUUAAUCAAUUAUUUAAUAAAACAUUUGUUCAAAUGCAUAUUAUUCGUCGUAUUAAAUAUUAUCAUCUACCAUGUCAACAACAUCCAUUAAAUCUUUCUUGCUUUUAUGAUGAUUUUUAUCUUUGUUUCUGUUAUAAUUUAGAAAAACAACGUCUAACAAACUGUUUUGAAUUUAAUCAUAAUAUGACAUUUGAUUGUUUUGGCGAAAGUGUUUGUGAAAAUGGAGGCCAAUGUUUUCAAGACAGUCCUACUUGUCCACAACGAUCAAGUUGCAUUUGUCAACCAUGUUUUUAUGGAAUAAGAUGUCAAUUUAGUUCAAAUAGAUUUGGUUUCUCACUUGAUGGAAUUUUAGGUUAUUAUAUUCAACCAAAUAUUGAUAUUGUACAUCAAUCGACUAUGGUCAAAGUUAGUUUGGCAUUAACUAUUGUUUUUAUAAUAAUUGGUUAUAUUAAUGGAAUAUUAUCUUUCAUUGCAUUCAAUAAUAAAACAAUAUGUGAAGUUGGCUGUGGUCUUUAUUUAUUGACUUCAUCAAUAACAACUUUACUCACAACUACAAUGUUCGGACUAAAAUUUUGGGUACUUCUUCUUGCACAAAUGAAAAUUAUUACAAAUCGUUUAUUUUUGCAUAUUCAAUGUUUGUCUAUUGAUUUACUCUUACGAGUUUUUCUCAAUAUGGAUCAAUGGUUAAAUGCUUGUAUUGCUGUUGAACGAACAGUUGUAAUCAUAAACGCGAUUGGCUUUAAAAAAAAGAGAAGUAAAAAAAUAGCUAAACUAGUUAUCAUUAUUCUUUCAAUCUUCAUUAUUUCGACUUGUAUGUAUGAUCCAUUUUAUCGACGUUUAAUGGAUGAUGCAAUCGAUGAUGAUAGCAGAAUUUGGUGUGUUACUUCUUAUUCAUCUAAUUUACAAAUGUUCAAUACGUUUAUACAUACAUUUCACUUCUGUGCUCCGUUUGCUAUUAAUCUUGUCUCGACUGUGAUUCUCAUCUUAAAAACAUCUCGUCAACAAGCAAAGUUUCGAAAUAAUACAAAAUACAUAGUGAUUUUUAUAGAACAAAUUCAAGUACAUAAGCAUAUAUUGGUUGCUCCUUUUGUAAUAGUUAUACUUGGAAUACCACG